AUGAAGCCUGAACACAGAACGAUAGCCACAAGACAGUGGACCAGGAGUGCCGUGGCCUACCACACUAAGUCUACAGCCAUGAAGAAGAGGAUGUCUCUGAGGAGGAUGAGCACACCAUCCUUCCAGAAGCAGAGGAGGAGGAGGCCUUCUCCCCAGGCCCUGGGGAACAUUGUGGGCUGCAGAAUUUCUCACGGAUGGAAGGAAGGUGAUGAGCCCGUCACCCAAUGGAAGGCCAUCGUUCUAGAUCAACUGCCAACAAAUCCCUCUCUCUAUCUGGUCAAGUAUGAUGGAAUUGACUGUGUCUACGGACUUGAACUUCACUGGGAUGAGAGGAUUUUAAAUCUUAAGGUCUUGCCUCACAAAGUAGUGUUUCCUCAAGUUAAAGACGCCCAUCUCGCAAGUGCAAUGGUAGGCCGAGCUGUGGAGCAUAAAUUUGAGGGCAAACAUGGCUCUAAGGACAACUGGAGGGGGGUGGUCCUAGCCCAGGUGCCAAUCAUGAAGGACUGGUUUUACAUCACCUACGAGAAAGAUCCAGUCCUAUACAUCUACCAACUCCUGGAUGAUUACACAGAAGGUAACCUCCGUAUCAUUCCAGAGACUCCUCCAGCAGAGGUGAAGUCAGACGUUGACAGCGACAUCUUAACAGGUCAAUGUGUGCAGUACACCAGAGGCGAUGGGUCCAAAAAGAUCGGCAAGGUCAUUUACCAAGUUCUAGCCAAGCCUUCCGUGUACUUCAUCAAGUUUGAUGGCGACGUCCACAUCUACGUCUAUAAUCUGGUGGAAAAGAUCCAUUAAGUUGAAAUUCACAAAGUACGGGGGAUGGAGAUGGGUAAUUUAUAGGAUUGAGGGGAAAAUGUUUGUUUUUCUGUGUGUCAGAUACCCAAGGGCCUUUGACAACCCCAGUAUCUUUUCCACUGGAAUUUGUUUUUGCUCUAAAAAUUAAAAUGUGCGAUGUGACUUGUUGUGUGUGAACACUUUGGUGGAGGAGACGGGCUGUGGUGGAUGGAACAUGGAGAGGAAGCCGGAAAGGUCAAGAUGGUGAACAGUAAGUCUAAUGUCACAUAGGCUAAAACAAACAGGACUGAGCUGGUCUGGUCUUUAGGGAGAGAAAAGAACUGGAGAUGGGGCUUAGAGGAGCAGGGAUGGCACGGGAAAAAAAGAUGGAUGUUUAGGAAGCAGUGGAGAGGGGCCAGAAAUAGAUAGACUCUCUGAGGUGAAGUUUGAGGGAGAAACAGACAGUUGGGGAAAGAGUGGCAGGUAACAGGGAGGUGGUCUUGGAACUCAAGGGGAAACUCAAUAAACUGAUCCAAGCAGACUCAGAAUCAGAGAAGAUCUGUUUUUGUUUGACUAACGAAACCUAAUGAAACCUGUUUCUCAUCUGUAGAUCUAUUAUUUUUAAUUAUGUGGGUGGGGGCAGGGCAUGAAUACAGGAGACCACAGAGACAAGAAUAGUCAGGUCACCUGGAGCUGGAAUUAAAGGUGGUUGGGAGCCAUUGGACAUGAGCUCAAAGAACCAAAUCCAGGUCCUCUUUCAAAGCAGACGAGCUCUUGAUCCAAUGGUCUUCUCUCCAGGCCCCUAAAGUCAUCUUUUUAAAUAAAUCCAACCUUCACAUGAAGAGAAGAGACCAGGAUGAUGGUAAGAAAGAUUAAAUUGAUGGUGAUGUGGAAGAAAGACUAAAGAACAUAUGAGGGAGUAGAGGACAGUGAGGGACGAAGGAAUUCCAAGAUGGAGUUCUCAAAAAGUGAAGCAGGAGACCCAGGAAGAACAGAAAGGGUCUAGAAUGAGUUGAACUUGGGCCUCAGACAUAUUGGUCUCUUUGGUUCCUUAAAGAACAGCCAAGCCAUCACUACAGAAGGUGGAUGUGAGGUGGAGGCUU